AUGUCACCAUCGCCUGCACUGCUACCUGUUGACGUUGCUGUUGACGAGGAGAAAGUCCCCAGCUACAGACCCGAGCACUACUAUCCUGCCAAUCCCGGGGAUUUGUUGGCGGCCAGGUAUCGGCUACUUGUCAAGGUCAGUCCUUGCUGCUUUGUUCACCCCGCCGGCCCAUACGCGCUUGGCAACUGCUUAAGGCCUAAGAGAUAUGUGGCCGUGAAGCUCUGCAAUUACGACACCAGCGACGAGGAAAUGACAAACGAGUUGGACAUGUCCAUAAUUUAUCCUCCGCAAACCCUCGAUAUCCGGGCCGUGCUGCUCUAG